AUGGGAAACGCGAUCCAUUCUGAGCAAUUGGUCUGCCAUGACACCAUGGACGUUUGCCGAUCUCACUGCGACAAAUCGGAAUGCGUUUUUAUUCAAAAUUGCAACAACAUGGGCCAGAAGUACAUUUGUGCUCCAAUUGAUCCACAUUUUCUGACGUGGGCCAUGCUCAUUUCUUUUGUCUUAACAGUGCUUGGCUGCGCCUCUUUAGUGGUUUGUUAUGUUCUUCGAGCUUUGAGAAGAUCAUUCCGUUUGCAAGCUCAAAAUCCUGGACAAGAGGUCAUUUUCGAAAAUCCUGGAAGGGUUCACCAUAUCCAUAUGGAUUCGGCGCCACGUCAUCACUACGACAAAAGACAACAACCACCACAACGUUGGUAA